GUAGCGUAGAUUGUACGGAGGCAGUAGUUUUUUUUUUCACCUCCCUUUAAGUUGCCUCUCCGGAGAAACAUGACCGGUCGCUAACGGGCAGCCGCGGACUUCAGGCCACCGUGCCCUACUUUACCCGGCGGUGCGAGCGGAGGGACACCCGGGGGAGCCUGUUCAUUAGCUCCGAGUCUCAGGAACAAGGUGGGCAAGUGCUGAAGUCACGCAACCAAAGACGAAACAGGAUGAGAAAGAGAUGCCCUGACAGAGGAAUAAAAUAAUCAGGAAGAACAAAACGAGGAACGCCACGGAGAUUCUCUGGGAUAAGUAAAUAAAUAAAAGGAGUUGUUUGAAGAAAAAGGCAAGCAAGAUAAAAAAAACAGAAGAUGAAGCCGAUUAAAAAGCAGGGCAGGCGCUCUCCUCAGUCCACCCGGGCCAAAGGAGGGAAGCGUCGUGGAGCUGGGGACACCUCAGAUGGAGGAGAGAAGAGGGACUCAGACGAGAACAGAGACAGAAGCAGAUCUCCUCAAAACCGAACUCCCCUCUCUUCUUUUUCCUCUGGUUCACACUCGGAGUCCUCUCAGGCUGGUUCGGUGAGGCUGAGGGACAUGUCAGACUGCGAGGGCCUGGCGGAGACGACCGUAUCAGUCAUGAUGGACUCUGGGAAGUUGUUGACGUCCUCUGACGACAGGUCCGGGAGGUCAGCUCUGAGCGGCGGAAGCAGCAGCAGCCACUGUGACAGCGGGGGUAGCAGUUGUAGCAACAGUAGUACGCCGAGCGCCAACAACAGUCCGAACCCUGCCUCUAGUCGCAAAACGGCCACCUUCAAGGCUCGUGUUCCCAAGAAGAAGUACACCUCUGAACACUGCUCAACAGCUAAUCACUGCAACCCCACAUCCACUACACCCCCUCCUCCAUCCCUGAUUAGCGGGGUCCUCAACCAGUCGCCCACAAGUUCAGGAGGAGGCAAAGCCAGCAUCUCACAUUCUGAGGGUCCCCAGGGUUCUUCGGGACCUCCAACACUGUCCCCCAGAGGUGAGAGACCUGGUGAAGGGUCGAUAGAUGCAGAACGAGUGUCCCCCAGCCCCUUACCCCGCUGUUCCUCAACAGACACUGCCAGUGAGCACUCAGCAGACUUGGAAGUUGUUGGUGACACCGUGUCACAGACAUCCACACGCUCAGCACCCAGCCUGUCAGAUGCGCUGUCGGACACCUUGGCUAAAGGGUUAAAAAAUCAGCGCAUCCUUGCUCGACAGCUUAAGAAACCAAGUUCUGAAGAAGGUGGAGGCGAAAUGAGAGAUGAAUGGAGGAGUUCAGGCUCUGUCUUCCGGGCUGGUGUGGUGCGGAAGGUCAGCGGUGAAUUUGGGUGUCUUGAGGUUCAACUAAAUGGGGAAAAAACACUUUGCCGUUAUCCUUAUCGACAUGACAGCCCCCCAGGGGUGGUAGACAUAGUCCUAGAUGCACAGCCUCCUGGUGUCCAUACAAUACCCAUUGGCACACGUGUCUGUGUACCAUUUGGCAAUGAUGACGGCAGUGAGGGCCAGUGGCAGUGGUACCGGGAAGGUGUGGUGACUGAGGUAGACACACAUCCCGCUGUGGCCAACCGCUAUCGUGUCCUCUUGUCUGAAGGAACGCCUCACUCUGUAGCUGACGUAGACAGCAGAGGUGCCACUCAGGCAGUAUGGGUGUCCCGGCAAACUCUCCGGCUUCUGGUUCCACCGUGGGAUCUCGAUUUGCCCCCUAGUGGGGGUCACGAAGGAGAAGAGGGCGUCAGAGAAAAGGAUGAAAAGAGUGGAGAAAGGGAAGAUCUAGACGUGGAGCAGGAGGUGUGUCGCUUGAGUCGAGGAAUGACCCCUAUUGUUGGUUCGGUGUUCAGAAGGGACAUGUUGUACCCAGGAAACCCAGUUUCCUCCUCUACAGGUCACAGCAUUACGUCCCCAGUUACUCCGUCGGUGCUCAGCUUGGCUCCCUGUAGAGAGUGGGAAAUUGAUACAGAUUUGGAGAGAGAGAGGGAACUUCAGAGAAAUCCAAGGAAUGACAGAGAAAGAGAGAACAGCACAAAACCACCACAGCACCAUCUGUACAUGCCACUGACCCCUGAGGAAGACAUGGAGGUGUCCCACUUUAACAUGGUUUCAAUGGGGGCACUCCUACCCGGUGCCAAACCUAUGACAGUUUCCCAGAUUGUCUCUAAGCCCCCAUCAGGCUAUCUCAACUCCCACCUUCCUGUUGUGCGGAACAUCGGAAUCUCUUCCCACCUGACCCUGAGCCACCCUCCUCCUUCAAGUGUCCUGUUAGGUCUCGAUGCUACAAGUGCACCUGCCGGUGCUGUCAUCACUGCCCAGCAGAUCCCUCCCCUCUCUCAAAUCCCCUCGUCUGCUACCUCCUCCAGAGUAGAGAAAACCCCUGGAGGGGGUUCUGCCAGUGGCGGAGGUGGGUCUGGAUCUGGUUCAACCUCCUCCUCUUCUUCACGCUCCCGCACUCCACUCACUGCUGCCCAGCAAAAGUACAAGAAGGGAGAUGUGGUGUGCACGCCAACGGGCAUUCGAAAGAAGUUUAAUGGGAAGCAGUGGCGAAGGCUGUGCUCCAGGGAGGGCUGCUCCAAAGAGUCCCAGAGACGGGGAUACUGCUCCCGCCACCUCUCCAUGAGGACAAAGGAAAUGGAGGCCAGUGGAGGAGGGCGGGAGCGCAGCGGAGCCAGCAGCACCGGGACUCUGACACCAUCCGACCUGCGAUUGGGCGGAGGGAGAGCCAGCUCAGAGUUUGACUGGGACGAGACGUCACGAGAAAGCAGCGAGGCCAGCAGUCGUGGAGGAGACUCUCGCCCCCGCUUAGUCCUUCCUUCCCUGCUACCCCAGGAGUUCAACUUCGACGAGUGUGAGGCAGCCACCAUGCUGGUCUCCCUGGGUGGCUCUCGUUCUGGCACACCGUCAUUCUCCCCCAUUUCAAACCAGUCACCAUUCUCUCCAACACCAUCACCCUCACCCUCUCCGCUGUUUGGCUUCCGACCCGCCAGCUUCAGUCCUAUCACUGCCCCUGCCUCUCUUACUCCGCGCCGCAAUCGGCAGCUUAGCGGCACUAAGAUGAGUACACCAGGUUCUGAGAGAGAGCGCCACCUAUCAGGAAUUGUACCAUCUUUACAGAACAACCUCACUUUUACAGUCCCCAUGAGUCCCAGCAAGAGAAAGCUCGACACUUACCCACCCCCUCCCCUGCCUGCAGUUCAGGAUUACCAGACCAAACAGGACCAACAGCAGCUGAUGGGUGUAGGGGGUGGCAUCAUCGGAGACCCGGCUGCCUUUAGAGUUCUCUCCCCUCACAGUCAGCCCACAACUCCAUCUUCGCUGUCCUUCCCACGUCCUCGCAGCGCCACCAGCAGACCCUCCUCCUCCGCUGCCUCCACACCCCCGCCCAUGCUGGUCUCCCCCACUCCUCCUUCCCCGUUGUCUCAGGAACCCUCCCCACGCCGCAUCGUUCCCCUCCGCGACUCCCCAGUCAUAGUCCGCAACCCAGACGUCCCCCUGGCCAAGUUCUCAGAUGGCCCAUUGGCGAGAAGAGAAAGAAGCAGGUCAAGGGACCAGAACCAGCCUCAGCACUCAGUUCCCCCAGGCCUGCAAGCCCCCGUCCCCAUCAACGGGGCCACGACCAACGGAGCAGUUCUCCUGCGGAGCCCCACGUCCAAUCUUGUCCUGGUUACCUCCAGUUCGUCCCUGACUCCAGGCACCGCAGGUCACGCUGCCCUCUCCAGCCCCUCCGCCCCCGGGUUGAUCUCCACUCCGUCGGGCUCCGUCCUGUCCUUGUCCGGCUCUGGAGGCAGGGACAGGAAACCCGAGGGGCACCAGGAUGCCUCAGGCGGGGCGCUGCCUCAGCCCGUCGCCUGUCACCCCACGCCGACGGCCCUGCUGCCGCUCAUACUGCCCGCAGAGUCGCCUCACCCGGUGCCUCGCAAACAGAUCAUCAUGGGUCGCCCGGGCACAGUCUGGACCAACGUGGAGCCUCGCUCCGUGCCAGUGUUCCCUUGGCAUUCGCUCGUCCCUUUCCUGGAGCCCAGCCAAUCAGGAGCGGCCGCCCAUCCCGCCGACGGCCAGCAGCUUGUCAACCAGAGCAAAGAGCCUCGCUGUGGCGUGGCGCUGGUCAGCGACGGGCGGACUAACCCUCCGGGCCUGGACAGGAGCUCGCCUUCCCGCCCGCCCUCGACCAAUGACAAUCCUCCUGCAGAAAGGGGCGGGGCAGACAGCGAGACGGAGAGCGACACGGACGACCCGUUUUCCCCCGGUGUGGCCAAUGAGCCGUCUCCGUCCACCGGACCCAUCAAGAGACGCACCCAGUCUCUCAGCGCCCUGCCGAGGGACGGGGACAGGAAGAGGGAGAAGGACCACAUCCGUCGUCCCAUGAACGCAUUCAUGAUCUUCAGCAAACGCCACCGGGCUCUGGUUCACCAGCGACAUCCCAACCAGGACAACCGGACCGUCAGCAAGAUCCUGGGGGAGUGGUGGUACGCUCUGGGCCAAAACGAGAAGCAGCAGUACCACGAUCUGGCCUUCCAGGUGAAGGAGGCCCACUUCAGAACAUACCCUGACUGGAAGUGGUGCAACAAAGACCGCAGAAAGUCUCUGUCCGAGGGCCGGGGAACCCCGAAGGAGCUGAGGGAGAGGAGCAUGUCUGAGAGCAUAGAUGCCCUUUCAGAGUCUCAGGUGACGGAGGGGAAAGGAGGAGGCGCAGGCUGGCCGGGGGGUUCGGCACGUCGAGGGGGGCCUCUGGGGGGCCAGCACCCCCGUCCCCGAGCCUUUUCUCAGAGCGCCGUGCACACCCUGGAGCAGGACCCGGACAAGGACAACGGGACGGGCUUGUUUCGAAACCGGCCGCCGCCUCAGCCGCUGUUCCACGGCGUCGCCAGCGAGGAUGCCACCAGCGAUGAGGAGCGGAUGGUCAUCUGCGAGGAAGAAGGGGACGAUGAUGUCAUGGAGGAUUCGUGCCCAGAAGGCUCCAUCGACCUCAAGUGUAAAGAGAGAGUGACCGACAGUGACGAAGACGAACCGGAUGGACAGCCUGAAGCUCCCUCCUCCCCCUUUGUCCCUCGCUCCGACUCCCCCUCAGUCAAAGCGAAUGGAGAGGGAGGAGGCGCUGACGAUGGAGCUGAGACGAAGAAGAAGGGAGUCGAGGAGGGGAGUGAAGGAGAAACCAGAAGAGAGGAAGCAGCAGGAGGUGGAGGAGGUGGGCAGAGCGUCCCCGUCGCUCAGGGCUUCACUCAUGUCCUCGGGGGGGUGCGCCCGACUCCAACUGUGGUGACCAACGUGGUGCGCCCCAUCGCCAGCACCCCCAUCCCCAUCGCCAGCAAGCCGGUGGAGGGAGCCAUCACCCUCAGCUCACUCCCGCAGGAGAAGGCCACUCUUCUGAUCGGAGGAGGCGGAGCUCAGCACCUGCCAAUCACCGCAGGGGGUGGGUACCUGUCAUCAUCCUCCCCCCCUGGUCCAGUCAGUGUAACCUCCGUGGGGGGCAGCAGCUUGGUCACUAGCCUAGUUCUGGGGGGGUCCUUCCCUGCUGCCCAUACUCUGCAGCUCAUCAGCCCUCACCCCCAAACUCAUCCACCCAUCUUCCACCCCACCUCCUCCUCCCUCACACCUCAACCCAAGCCGCUGGCGCAGGUCCAGUACGUCCUGCCCACCGACAACCCGUCCUCCCCACAGCUCACCCACCAGCACAUCCUCCCCCUGCACACCAAUGGCGUGCAGUCGGGGGUGGGGAUCCGAGUCAGCCCCAAGACCAGAGUCCAAACCCAGUCGCCGGUCCUGCAGAGCAAGAUGCUGGUUCCCAUAGCAACAGUGAGGACGGGGUCUACGCCUCCUCAGCCUUCCAUUUCCCUGGUGGCUCCGCCCCUUCCUGUGCAGAAUGGCUCUGCAGCAGGAAACAAGAUCGUCCAGAUCGCUCCCUUGUCUGUUGUGCAGGCCAAAGUUCAUCCUGCUGCUGCCGCCGUGCACCCUGGGAGUCCCUUCCCUGUUUCCAUGGCGACAGUGAUGGCUCCUGGUGCUGCCCCUCCACAGACGGUCCUUCUAACCUCCCCACCCGCCAGGAUCACCUACGUCCAGUCCAACCCAGGCGUAACCACGGCAACGUCCCAACAAGGUGCACAGCCCCAAGGUCCCGCGUACCUCCCGUCACACCUUGCUGCCCUGGGCUUCACCGCCAUCGCCCCGGUGGGACAGACCCUGGUCCAGCCCAUCGUCGGUCAGCCGCCGCUGUUGGCUCCGGCUCCGCCCCUGAGCUGUCAAUCACAGACUCCCCUGGCUCAGGCAGCAGCAACCGCCGGCCGUCAAGUUCUAACAGCCAUCUAUCCCGCCGCUCAAACCGUUGCUCUGGCGACCGGCGUGGUCUCGAUGGCGGCCGUGCCGCCUGCGCUGGCCGCUGCAGCUCAGGACUCGGCAAACCCACCUUCCCCGCUGGCCAAAGGGUCAGCGGCGCCGACCUCUCAGCCUGGAACAGGAGUGGAGGUCAAGGUGAAGCAGGAGAGCCAGCUGGACACUGAAACUGACGGGUCGUCCAUCUGUGACCCGAGCUCCUCGAUGGGCAGCUUUGGAGCUGCCGGUCCUGCAGUUAAAAAAGAGGACGACAUCGGUCUGAACAUCAAAGAAGAAGAUACGGGAGAUGAAACCAGGGGAGAGAAGCAAAGUGAGACCGAUGAAGAGCCAGACGGAGUGACGAAGCAGAGCGGAGAGAAGAAAGGAGCCAAAGAGACGGAGAACGACGAGCACGGCAGCAAAGAGGCUGGACCUCGCUCCCCACCUCCUCCUCCACCCUCAGGUUUGGACCCACCUCCCCCUCCACCAGCAGAAAGAGAAGCUCCCUCUACCUCCAAGAAGAUCAAGUUUCGACCCCCUCCGCUCAAAAAGACGCCCGACUCCCACGACAAGGUCUUGUCGGAGACGUACUUCGAGGAGCGUUUCGCGGAGCUUCCCGAGUUCAACCCCGAGGACGUCCUUCCCUCGCCGACGCUUCAGAGUCUGGCCACCUCACCCAGAGCCAUCCUGGGGAGCUACCGCAAGAAGAGGCGCAACUCCACGGACCUCGAUGUGUCAGCAGAAGACCCGAGCUCCCCGCGGAGAAAGACCCGUCGUCUCUCCAGCUGCAGCUCGGAGCCUAACACCCCGAAGAGCGCCGCCAAGUGUGAAGGAGACAUCUUCACCUUUGACAGAACAGGUCUGGAAGCCGAGGUUCCUCUGGGAGACCUGGACAGGGUUCCAUACUCAUCUCUGCGUAGGACGCUGGAUCAACGCCGAGCGCUGGUCAUGCAGCUGUUUCAGGAACACGGCUUCUUUCCAUCAGCUCAGGCCACGGCGGCCUUCCAGGCGCGCCACUCGGACACCUUCCCCACCAAGGUGUGUCUCCAGCUGAAGAUCCGCGAAGUGCGUCAGAAGAUCAUGCAGACGGCCACGCCCGGGUCCCUGGAACUCGGAGGGCUAUUCGAAGCCAGCCGCUCCCCGUCUCACCACUCCUCUUCCAAUCAGUCGGUGCGGGAGGACGGAGGGACGGAGCAGCAGGGAGACAAAGGCCCGAGCACGGAGGAGCCGAGACACGACGAAUCGUAAACUGGAGACCAGAAAAAAAAUCACAAUGGUGUGUGAACCAGCUCGACGGAGAGCGUUCCUCUGGCUUUAACCUCCACUGACCUGGGCUAAGAGACGAGACGAUUGAAACUCCUCAAGAUGUUCUUCGAUUGUCCACCAGACCUCUGAGUGUCCAUCACAUGCGAGUCAUGAUGAGUCAAGUGCUUCUUGUAGUUUUAUUUUCCAACAACCCUGAAUGUUUUAGUGGAAAACCCUGCCCAGGUCUGCAGUUUGAGCACGUUGUAGUUCGAGACACAAACUGUGGUCCACACUCUGUCUCCCUGGUACACACGCACGCACACGCGCGCGCACACACACACACACAGGGUUGGGCGGUUGGACAAAUAUGUCGACCAUCAGUGAUUGGAUACAAUCAGGUGAACGUUUGACUUUAAGGAUAAUAUUUUAUAUUUUGCUCAUUUCUUCGGACCCUUUGAACUCGAACACGUUAAAACACGCGAUUGUGUUAAAUCCUCGUUUAUUUCCAGCAGCCUUGAACGUCCGGUCCA